AUGGCCUCUCCGUCGCAGUCGCAGUCGCAGUCGCAGUCGCAGUCGCAGUCGCAGGCUUUGGCCAAGAGGCCAGAUGGCCAGCUCAUGCCACCCCCGCCACCUCCAAAACGUAUUAAACGCCCGGCGACCGUCCUCGACGAAGAUGUCUACACAACUGCCCUCUCCCAUAUUAUUGCCCGGGACUUCUUCCCUGGCUUGCUUGAGACCCGAUCCAAACAGGAAUACCUCGAUGCGUUGGACUCAAAAGAUGCAGAAUGGAUCAAGAGUUCCAAACAGAAGCUUGCGGAUGUGAUGCGCACUCCGACCCCAGGCUUAAACGCGCGACGAAAGACCGACGCCGCAUCAGUGGCGGGCACUCCACAACACCUACCAGGUCGGUCAGACGAGACCCCGCAAGGAUGGAGAGGCGAUACUCCCAUGUCCGUUGUAUCUACCUCGACUACAGCAACAACCGCCACGGCCAACGAUCAGAAACUUGCCGAUGCGUCCAAUAUGGGACUUCUUGCCUUUCAAGCGAAAUAUACAAGCGAGGACAACGAGUCAUUCAACAAAGUCCUGGACAAGCAGAAUAUCAAGCGCCGCGAAAAGAACGGCUGGCUUUGGAACGAUAAUAAAAUCCCAUCGGCACGACAAAUCGCCCAUCAUAAUCACGAAGUGAAGCGCAUCACAGCCCAGGGUGGGAACCCGAAAACCAGUCUGAUCAAGGCAGAUGACGGCCCUGCUAUCAAGACAGAUCUCAACGCUCGCCCAGCCAGACCCGAUCACUGGAAGUCCCGCCCGGAUAACUCGCUCAUGUUUCUUCCUUCGUCGGUCGAGGAUACACAUGAAACGCUUCAGCAGAAGGCCGAGAAUGCGUCCCGCGCGGGGCCCAAGCGAACCCUAUAUCAAAACACAAGGCUUCUCGACGCCGAUGCAGCAGCAGCCGCUGAUGCUGCCAAUAAAGUUCCCGCUUCACCUUCUAUCUCGGCUAUCCAAGAUGCCAUCGCAGGACGCCCGCGCCUCAGCGAGUCUGAAGCAUCGUCGGUUCCGGGAGGAGAAACCCCGCGAGUCAACGGAUAUGCGUUCGUCGACGAAGACGAACCUGAAUAUGAACCACAGACAUCUGGUUCCCUCGAAGCUGAUUGGCGUCUCCUCGGCGCGAGCGAUGCAACACCAAACCCCUUUCAACUGCGCGAAACCGGUAAACGAGAGGCUCUUCACCACCGCAUGGUGGAUCGUGCCGCACGCAACAAGCGUGUUGAAAGGGCCACUCGUGUAACGAAAACACCUGUUAAUACUACGCCCCGGUUUGCUAGCAGUCCACGUGUCGAUGGACUGACUCCAAGACCUGGCUCCGGGAAGAUGUUGACUUCUGCAGCACAGAAUUUGCUAUCGCGGGUCGGAAGUACACCGCGGGCUUCUGGGGGAUCUACUGGAUUGAAGAACAUGUGGACUCCCACUCCACGGCGCAAGUGA